UGCACACAAUCCACACGAAACUCUUUUCAAAGAACACAAUAGCAGAACUAGUAGUGUUAGCAGAAAAAAAAAAAAAAAAAGAAACAAGCCACUCCUCUUCUCACUUACACAGGAAGCCCUGUGUGUGUGUGCUAAAAUCCCCAUUUCAUCCUGGAGACAGAUAGAGGCAGACAGCAAACGCAGGGCGACAACGAACUGAGAAAAUAACAGGAAAUUACAGACGCACAUAAAGUGUUUCUGAAACUUACUUGAGAAAACUGCUGGGAUUGGAGACGAUGGAGACGGAGAGAGCGAGAAAGGAGCCGACGCUUCACCCUUCUGCUUUUCUAUGCUGAGACGACGUAAAAGUUUGAGGAGAGAGAGCUCGCACGUGGACGGACCCGGGUUCCCUUACUCUUUAUUUGACGCCGCUGAUCAUGACUGCAUGGAAAAGGUGUAACCCCCACAGCCGCCCACAGAGAGGUGAAUCACAGCUGAUGAAAUCGAUGUUUCCAUCGGCAAGAUCUCUGGACUGAAACGCUUCAACCCGAGACUAUCCUCUACUAACCCGAAGACCUGCAAACUAUCAGCGUUGGACACGAAGCUCCCCUGAAGUCGUCGUUCCUCUCGUCUGUGAAGCUGCUGAGAAGUUCCCGGGAAUACGGCUCGCUGCAUGGACUCCUUUCGCCACAACGGACGGCAUGGGAGCCCGGAUUGAACGUUCAUCAAACCAAAGGCAGCUUUUCUGAUAUCAGCCUCCUGCAGACGUCCUCGUAUCUUUAAGAUGAAUAACAGCUCUGCUCCCCAGAGCAUCUGCCCUGGGGAAGUUACUCUGCACGAGUACCAGCACCACGUUUAUGCUGUGGUGUACAGCAUCAUCUUGGCACCCGGCUUGCUGGGUAACGUCCUUGCUCUGUGGGUGUUUAGGAUCUACGUACGGGAAACCAAGAGGGGUGUGGUGUUCAUGAUGAACCUCGCUGUGGCCGAUCUGCUUCAGGUGCUGUCGCUGCCUCUGCGGAUCUACUACUACUUGAACAACAACUGGCCCUUCGGUCACCCUCUCUGCUUGUUCAGCUUCUAUCUCAAGUACGUCAACAUGUACGCCUCCAUCUACUUCCUGGGGUUGAUCAGUGUGCGUCGCUGCCAGCUCACCGUGAACCCACUGAUGUACAAGAACAAGCAGAAGGGAGACAUUUUGAAAUGCGUGUUCGGCUGGGUGUUUGUCUGCGUGACCUGCAUAGCUUUCCCCUUGCUGAGGGGGAGUCCAAGGAACCCAGGGGAGUGUUUUUCAGAGCUGCCUACGAAAAAAAUCAACGUUUUAACAGCCUCAGUCCUGAUUACGUUUGCCGAACUGAUGGGCUUCAUCAUCCCCCUCAUCGUGGUGGUGUCCUGUUCAAUUUCGACAGUUUUAAGCCUCAAAGAGGUGACGACGGAGGGCGUUCAAGACUUUGGGGAGAAGCAGAGGGCACUGAAGAUGGUGCUGUGCUGCGCCGUAGUCUUCUUGCUGUGCUUUGCACCGUAUCACAUCACCCUGCCGCUGGACUUCCUGGUGAAAGCUGGCGCUUUGAAGGACUGCGCCACCAGGAACACGAUUCAGAGGAGCCACAUCAUCACGCUCUGCCUCGCCAGCCUGAACUGCGCCUUCGACCCGAUCAUGUACUACUUCACGAGCGACGAAUUCAGGAGGCGGCUAAGCAAGCCUGACAUCCCAGACAAUUUUAAUUUGAGCAGACGGCUAUCCUGCUUAACCGCAAAGGAGGACGUAGAGCGAAACUAGGCCAUGGAGAGCCACACGUGGCACAAAUCGCUGCUUUUGCUACACAUCUGGCAAGAAAAUAAAAAAUAAAAAAAAUGCCGGUUUAUGACCUAAGUCGCUUGUAAAACACGGCAAAAAUCCCGUGAAAACGCCGACCUUCUGAACUCUGAAAAUCCAGGUCAUCACAAACCGCUUGAUCGCUGUCACACAUAAAAAAGCACCAUUACAACGGUGUAAAAAAAAAGCCGCUUUGGCAGGAUUUCCAACACAUUUUCCCAAGUCAAAACCGGCGUGUAGUUUUGUUUUUCAUUUUUUUGCCAAACGUGUAGCAAAAGUCCCGAUUUAUGUCCAUUCCGGGCUUCCGUAGGUGUCGCUGAGGAAGGCGGCGUCUUUACAACCACUAAUCCUCCAAAUAAAAUAUGAGCAUUCCUUUGGUGAAAAUAUAAGUUAUUUGUGAAUGUGAGAAACUAUACAUCAGAAAUGUGAAACCGUUACCCUAUUUAUAUGUAAUUAAAACAUGUUUUAGUUUUUAUUUGGUUGGUCCUUGUUCUGAAAUCCUCUUAUCCAAAAAAAAAAAAAAAAAAAGCUCUCAGAGAAAUGAUUUCUAAAAGCAGCAAGUUGGCAAAAAAUUAGCAUUUCAAAAACAAGAACUGGACGCACAAGUGUGAAUUUAUUGUGGGUUUGCGCUCAAAUUAUAUAGACGACUAAUAUUUAGAUGACUGUGCACCUACUGCAAGCUGCUGAUAUUAAAUAACUCUGUAUUUUGAUUGGCUAGUUUCUUGACACAAACCAGACUAAGCCACUGCAAAAAACAAAAUGUAUUUUUGUCGAGUUUGUAUUGCAAACAUCUUAAUACUCUUGAAAUAAGGCAAAACUAACUUUCGAGUAACUUUUCAGCAUGAAAUAGCGGCUUGUGUUUAGCCAGUAAUUCCUUCAUAUUCAUAAACCUAAUUCCACCGGCUGAUUAUUUCACUUCCAACAUAGGAAAUUUGUCAUUAUAAGUGAAAUAUAUAUUUUUUUAAAUCCGUAUUUAGAACUUGUUAACUUAUCUAGAAACUAGACCAAAUAAUUCUUGGAGAGAUUUGCAGCGCUGUCCAUUUGUUCCCAGGUCACAGCACAUUUAAAUUUCUGACCCAAUUCUUGUUUUUAAAAUUAAUUCCACAAAAAUGUUGUCCAGUUAUUAUAGAUUCUAGAGCAAAAAAAAAAA